UGCAUAUUUUGAGAUUCACUUACAAAAUGAAUAAUCAGUCAGAUAUAAAACAAAAAUUUAAAAUAUAAUGUGUCAUUCCCGUCAGAGCAGAUUUUCUUGGGGGUAGAAAAAUUAAUUAAAUCUUGUCCGUCCCUUUUUAAGAACUCUGGAUCCAUUGAGGACUGACAGUUGGAAUUCUGAACUACACAUGGUUUAUGUAAUUUAAAGGAGAAUCACCUUGUUUUGAGACAAUUUGAUGAACAGAAGUGGAUGUAUUUCUUCAGAAGUUUCCACAUCAGGAAAAUCUCAAGGAAAGCAGAGAAAAGGCAUUGGGUGGUCUUUUAUGUUCAUCCGUGUUUCCAUCUUGUUCAUUUUGCAAGCGUUAACUUCUCUGCUCUCCAUACAUGCAAAGUUCAUCUGUGUAAGUGAACAGCUUGUGUUGCUGUGAAUAAUAUAUCACAAACUUUGAAGAAGCUCACAGUUGGAAGCAAAUUAUACUUUAACACUUAGAUCAUGACAUGAUACAUGGAAUUUAUCCGAAGUGCAAGAUGCAGAAUUGGUAGCUUGGAACAACCUAAUAUCAAAUUUGAACAUCACCUGAACAUCAUGUAUCAAGCCUUAAAUUUCAAUUUCAAAAUGACAGAACUUUUCCUUAGCUUCAAGAAUGAACCUCCAACAUGUUACCAACGUGUUUUUUUUUCUCAUUAAAGGCUGACGUCUUUGAGGUUUCAAAGCACAAAUAACUAGGUAUCUAAAUAGACUCACUUUUAAAAGGAUAAUUAAAAGGAAGUCCUUCAUCAAAAAACAGCAUCCAACUGAGCAAUGCUGGGUGCUGCAAUGGAGAAUAUCUAAACUCCCCCUAUGUUUCAGUGGGGCCGCCCACUCCUAUAUAAAUACCACAUCCCACUGUACAAUACAUCUCUGCAGGAAAGCGGAACUUUGCAUCUGGUAUAGUCUCUCCAGCUGUUAGUAACUGAAAUUUGCUUCUGAAGAAUUUUGAAGGCUUAGAAACAUCUCCUAUUUGUUUGUGGGUUUUGUUUGUUUGUUUGUUUGACAAUUUAUAUUUAAACAUUCAUUGCAAUAUUUACAGAACUAUUUUUCUAAAACCUUUUUUUCUUGAAUGGGCAUUUGAUAAAAAGUUAAAAAUCUAUAUAUCAAAGAUAUUAUUGGGGUAGCGACAGCUACCCCAAUACCUGGAUGAAGCCGUCUAUCUAGACCCGUUCCAGUCCGGCUUCCGACCCGGGUACAGCACGGAGACAGCUUUGGUCGCAUUGGUGGAUGAUCUCUGGAGGGCCAGGGACAGGGGUUAUUCCUCUGACCUGGUCCUAUUAGACCUCUCAGCGGCUUUUGAUACCAUCGACCAUGGUAUCUUGCUGCGCCGGUUGGGGGGAUUGGGAGUGGGAGGAACCGUGUAUCGGUGGUUCUCCUCCUAUCUCUCUGACCAGUCGCAGACGGUGUUGACAGGGGGGCAGAGGUUGACCGCGAGGGACCUCACUUGUGGGGUGCCGCAGGGGUCGAUUCUCUCGCCCCUUCUGUUCAACAUCUAUAUGAAGCCGUUGGGUGAGAUCAUCAGUGGCUUUGGGGUGAGAUACCAGCUGUACGCUGAUGACACCCAGCUGUACUUUUCCACCCCAGGCCACCCCAAUGAAGCUGUUGAAGUGCUGUCCCGAUGUGUGGAAGCCGUACGGGUCUGGAUGGGGAGAAACAGGCUCAAGCUUAAUCCCUCCAAGACGGAGUGGCUGUGGAUGCCGGCACCCCGAUUCAGUCAGCUGCAGCCGCGGCUGACUGUUGGAGGCGAGUUAUUGGCCCCAAAGGAUAGGGUGCGCAACUUAGGUGUCCUCCUGGAUGAACGGCUGUCAUUUGAAGAUCAUUUGACGGCCGUCUCCAGGGGGGCCUUCCACCAGGUUCGCCUGGUUCAGCAGUUGCGCCCCUUCCUUGAUCGGGAUGCCUUGUGCACGGUCACUCAUGCGCUCGUUACCUCUCGCUUCGAUUAUUGUAAUGCUCUCUACAUGGGGCUCCCCUUGAAGUGCACUCGGAGGCUUCAGUUAGUCCAGAAUGCAGCUGCGCGGGUGAUAGAGGGAGCUCCGCAUAGCUCCCAUAUAACACCGCUCCUGCGCAGACUGCGCUGGCUACCUGUGGCCUUUCGAGUGCACUUUAAGGUUUUGGUUACUACCUUUAAAGCGCUCCAUGGCUUAGGGCCUGGGUAUUUACGGGACCGCCUGCUGUUACCACAUGCCUCCCACCGACCCGUACGCUCGCACAGAGAGGGACUUCUCAGGGUGCCGUCCGCCAAGCAAUGCCUGCUGGCGGCCCCCAGGGGAAGGGCCUUCUCUGUGGGGGCUCCCACACUCUGGAACGAACUUCCCCCGGGUUUACACCAAAUACCUGACCUUCGGACAUUCCGUCGCGAACUGAAGACACAUCUUUUUAUUCGCGCGGGGCUGGCUUAAAUUGAAUUUUAUUAAAUUUUAAAUUUUAUUAACUAAUUUUAAAUGGGGUUUUUAGUUCAUUGUAUACUUUUCAGGCCAAUUUUAAAAUAAGUUUUUUAAUUGCAUUUUAAAUUGUAUAUUGUACUGUCUGUUUUAU